AUGGUAGUAAUCGGAGACUUCAAUGCUAUUCUUGAGGUAGAGGACAGAACACAUGGAACUGUGGUGCAGGACCAAGAGAUAAGAGAUUUUAGAGAAUUCAUGGAAGAGUCUGGUAUGACUGAAUUGAAAGCAAUAGGGAGGUCAUUUACUUGGACAAACAGCCAUGUCUUUAGCAAAAUUGACAGGGCAAUAGUGAAUGGAGAGUGGAUGAGCAAGAUGCCUAUUACUCAAGUACAUGUUCUAGACCCCUAUUUCUCUGAUCAUUCCCCCUUAUGCAUUGAGUUGGGAAGUCAACAAAAAAUAGCACCUAGACCAUUUAGAUUCUUGAAUUAUCUGGCUGAUGAUCCAAAUUUUGAGAUGAUAGUCGCAGACAGUUGGCAGAUGAGUACCAAUGCAGGACACAUGAAAAAAGUAUGGCUGAAGUUGAAGCAUGCAAAACAAGCAAUGAAGAGCUUAAAUACAAAGGAGUAUCCUAGGAUUGUUAACAAAAUUAAAGGCAUCAGGAGUGAACUUCAAGCAACACAACAACAAAUGAGAACACCUACUCAGGAUCCAUGUCACUUUGAAGUGGAAAAAGAACUAAGGUUACAGCUGGAGAAAUGGGAUGCAAUAGAGGAAAGCAUUUAUAAACAGAAGUCUAGAGUACAAUGGCUUAACUUAGGAGACUCUAACUCAGCUUAUUUUUUUGCUAGCAUAAAGAACAGGAGAGCUCAGAACCAGAUCAAAACACUUACGAAUGCAGCAGGAGAUAUUGUCCAAACAGAGAAAGGAAUAGAAGAGGAGAUUAUAAAUUUCUAUCAGGGACUACUGGGGCAGCCAAUACUAUACUACCUGCUGUAA